UAUGUUGCAAAACGACUAGAGGAGAUUUUGGGCAAAAAGGAGAUAGACGUUUUGGUUCUUACUCACGUCCACAUAGAUCACCAUGGUGGGUACAAGCGUGGUGGUAUAUGGUCUUUAAUAGAGAACUAUGGCUUCACUUUCAAAAAGUAUGUCGAUAGAGAUAUUGGGACUUACAAUGGCAAACAUUUUUCAGACUGUGAUAAAGACACGAUAGAUUGGAAGUAUGUAGGAUCGUCAUCUUCAACAGCAGUGCAAUGGGUUUGUUAUGCGACGUCAUCAAUUGAUAAGACAAAACUCUCUUCAAUUCGAGAAAUAGCUCAAAGCUGUAGUACAACACAGAUACAGCCUCCAGAUGCCAAUUCUGAGAUACAAAUUAUCAUGCACGACGCUUUGGGUGUGAAUCGACCAAAAGGAGAUCCAGUUGCUGCUAAUCUUAUUGACGACCCAGAACCUCCAAAUGAAAAUGAUUACUCAAUUUGCUUACGUGUGAAGUAUGGAAACUUCGUAUAUGCCACUUGUGGAGACUUGGACGGAACAUUUAUCACAUCCCCGUCACUCCACUACUACGAUGACAUCGAAUCACCAACAGCUCCAAUGAUGGGAGAAGUCGACUUGAUGAACGUUAACCACCACGGCUCAGAGUACUCAUCAAACGAAAAUUGGACGCAAACACUGAAACCUACAGUCUCCGUCAUUUCAUGCGGUCUUAACAAUAAGUUCAACCACCCACACAUCAACGCAAUGACCCGAAUUAAUGAAAUUUCGGAGAAUAUUUUCCUCACAAAUGACUGUUACGCCCCAUCAACAGAUCCAUUCCCAAAUGCAGUUAAAGUAAAUGGAGAUGUCAUUGUUAUUGUGCCCGAGAACGGUACCAGAUUCCUUGUUAAAAACCAAGACGCAACUAUCGUCAAAACGUAUGUGAUUAAGAAGAACAAAGCUGCCAAGACAAAGUGCAAAGAACUUUAA